AUGGCGGUGGCGAAGAGGCCACCUUCGGUGGAGGAGGAGGAGCCGCCGGCCGACUUCGUCUGCCCAAUCACGACCGAGGUGAUGAGCGACCCGGUGAUGGCAGCGGAUGGGCAGUCGUACGAGCGGAUGGCGAUCGAGCGCUGGCUCGCGACCAAGUCGACCAGCCCGCUGACGGGCGAGGAGCUCGAGUUCACUCGGCUCUUCCCAAACCACACACUCCGCCGGGUGAUCCGACAGUGGCAGGAAACCGCUCGCAGCUGA